AUGGGUUAUAGGGACGCCUAUCGUGAUAAUAAGCGCGUUAUCAAUGAAAAGCUGUAUGAAACCCUGUUGGUUUAUUUAACUUUCAUUCCGUUUACUGUUCUUGGCACUUAUACAAGGCUUGGAAUAUUCCGUUUGUCGUCAUAUGAACCGUCAUACAUCACUGCAACUUCUACAAUAUGGUCUAAUAUGGUAGCAUGUUUCCUAUUUGGUGCUAUUAGAUAUGCUGAUGGGAUUAUCACAAUAGAUUCAUAUACGUUACCUUCAUUGACCACGGGAUUCUGCGGUACCGCUUCAUCAUUUUCAUCUUUCAUAUUGGAAUUGUUUCAACAUUCCACGCAUUCGGCUAUCUCAGGUGCGCAGUACCCCAAUGCUGGGUACGGUGUUAUGGAAUUCUUAUCUGUGCUUCUGAUUCAAUUAGUUGCUUCUGGAGGAGCGCUCGUGUUUGGACAAACCGUCGCUCGACAUCUUCUAAAUCAUUACACGAGCUAUCAUAAAAAGCUACAAAAAUUCAUCAACUAUGGCGGAAAGUUGAUGAGAUUCGCAUGUAUACCCAUAGUGGUAUCUCAAAUAGUUCUUGCUAUUGUAUUUUCAGGCAACAGCAGGUUCUGGACACUUGAUGCCCUAUUCGGAAUUGUUGGAGCUAGUAUUCGGUUCGAAUUAUCAAAGCAUUUCAACAAUAGGUUCAACUGGUUCCCAAUGGGAACUUUUUUGGCAAACAUUAUCAGCUCGACAUUGGCUUGCGUUCUGUUCAUCUUAAGGUACGGUUUGAAGGACGGGCAUCCUCUCGUUACAAACGCUGAGGCUACCUCGAUGGUCUUGUAUUUGUUGUUGGGGUUCUGUGGUAGCCUGAGUACGCUAAGCACUUUCGUAUAUGAGGGCAACAAUAUGCCUAUCACGAACGCAUGCUGGUACUAUUUCCUUUCAGUUGGUAUCUGUUUCUGUGUGUCCAUUGUGAUCACCGGAACAUACGCUUGGACGCACGGAAUUCAAGACAUCCAAGGUCGAAUUGCAUAG